AACCUCAACAACCAACACCAUGUGUGGCUACUACGGAAGCUACUAUGGCAGCAGAGGCUAUGGCUGCUGUGGCUAUGGAGGUCUGGGCUAUGGCUAUGGAGGCCUGGGCUGUGGCUAUGGCUCCUGCUAUGGCUGUGGCUACCGUGGACUGGGCUGUGGCUAUGGCUGUAGCUAUGGCUAUGGCUCACGGUCUCUCUGUGGCUGUGGCUAUGGAUAUGGUUCUGGCUAUGGAUCUGGAUUUGGAUACUACUACUGAAGACACCAUCGGU